AUGCUCGAAAUUUGCGCACACCUUGGCAAAUCACCUCGCCUCGACAAUGACAAGCCUUGGCAGUAUCGGCACCUGAGAAUGGCUUCAACUCCAAGACUCUUGGUUAGGGUUGGCGACUUGGUCCAAUGGAAGUUCAUGACUUCUUUUGAGUUGGGCCAAGAGAUUGCCCGAAUCGGUCAUUUGGCUGAGCCCCAGCCAAGCAAAGACGAUCAUCGCAGCACUGAGCACCUACGCGGGCAGGAGGCAAGCAGAGGGUUGCAGAUGAUGGACCCCCAAUGUUCCUUCGUCCGCAUCACGUCUCAGUCCUUACACGGCAGGCAAAGCACCAACCCAUCACCAUCGGAUCGGGCGUCGCGCCUAGUCAGGGCCGAUGACUGCUCGUUCCGCGGCCCAGCCACCCCUCGAUCCGCUGCUGCAUCGUCCCGUCGAAAAAACACUCACCUGAUCAGUCAUCCAACACCCAUCUUUCCCAUAACCAAAGCGAAGCUCCGGCAGGUCAAUAAUCUGUUUCCACAGAGCUCCAAGCAUCCGUCCAGCCCGAAUCCCACCCGCCGCCCCUUCCGCUGCCCCAACGCGAGUUUCUUUCCUCAUUCUUUCUGUUAUUUCAUUCUCAACGGGUGGAUCCAAUUCGGCGCUUGCUGCUUAUCAUCGAAAGAGCAGGCUCUUAUUCAGGGACUAGCAUUUAUGUCCGGCGAGCGCCCGUCCCUGGCCGCUAGAUGCAAGUCGGCUCAUCAGCAUUUGGAGACUGGAGAUUACAACGGGCCGCGGGCGGAGACGCGUAGCAUCGGUGGUCAAGCAACCAAUCACCGCCAAUUUCGACGUCCGGCCGAGGAGUUGCUUGCUCCGAACAGCACAGUCGGAAGCUGCCGCGUCGCAGUUGGGUUGAAGGCGUCGUCAGCCACCAACGAGUCCAGCAGAACGGUGAAUCAGUUGCAUUUUGGCCGUCCUUUCAAAGCUCAGAGUCAAAGUCUUUGGCGCUCUGCUAUCGCGUUUCGCGAGUAUCUCUUCAAAUUACGUCUUUGCGCCCCCAGUUUAUUUCUCAAGCAGAAAGCCCGACUAGUUCCCCGCAUCAUGACGGUUCUCAGUCAUCUAAAACGAGUCCAUCAACAUAAUGUCGCAACUCUGCGCGGCUCUCCCGCCGCAGAGGUCUCUGGCGCCCUCGGUGACUUGGGGACUCUUCUUCCUCUCAUGAUCGCCCUUGCGGUCCAGCACUCCAUUUAUCUCGAUAGCACCUUGGUGUUUUCAGGCAUCUUCAACGUUGUUACCGGCGCCGUCUUUGGCAUUCCACUUCCAGUCCAGCCGAUGAAAGCCAUCGCCGCGGCAGCCAUCUCCCGGUCCGAAUAUGGCGGCAUCAAAACCGUCAUGGCCGCGGGCCAGUGGGUCAGUCUAGCCGUCCUAGUCAUGAGCCUCACCGGCCUACUACGCUGGGUCACGCGAAACGUGCCCGUCCCCGUCGUCAAAGGCAUCCAGCUCGGUGCCGGUCUCUCCCUCGUCAUGGCCGCCGGCUCCGGCCUCCUCCGGGACCUUCACUGGACCCAUCCCGUCCUCGAUAACAGGUUGUGGGCCCUGGCCGCCUUUCUCGUGCUCAUUUUCACCCAGAGCCUGCCGCGUUUCCCCUACGCGCUGCACAUUUUUAUUCUGUCGCUCGUCUUCGCCUUCAUCUCCAUCAUGACCUCGCACGACCACCCGCACACCUACCUGCCGGAGCCCAGCCUUUGGACCCCGCACUUUGUGCACUGGGAGUUCAACUGGUUCAAGUACAAGCCGCUGUCGAUGGCCAUCGGCCAGCUCCCGCUCACCACCCUGAACUCGGUCAUCGCGGUGAGCGCCCUCGCGGCGGACCUGCUGCCGGACAUGCCCACGCCGUCUGUGACCGCUAUGGGCAUCAGCGUCGGCGUGAUGAACCUCGUCGGCACCUGGUGGGGCGCCAUGCCGGUGUGCCACGGCGCGGGCGGGCUCGCGGCGCAGUACCGCUUCGGAGCGCGCAGCGGCGCGAGCGUCGUGAUCCUGGGCCUCUUCAAGAUCGUGCUGGGCCUCGUCUUUGGUAACUCCCUCAUCGGCCUACUCACGCACUACCCCAAGAGCCUGCUGGGCGUCAUGGUCAUCGCUGCCGGUCUCGAGCUCGCCAAGGUCGGGCACAGCUUGAAUCACGGGGCUUCUGAUUUAUGGGAGAGCUCUGCCGGCAACGAGGGUGGCGGCGUUGGGGGGCUUGUUAGGCAGCAUCGCUCGCUUUCUGAUGAGGAGAGGGCUGAGAGGUGGACUGUUAUGCUCAUGACCACGGCUGGGCUCCUUGCGUUUAGGAACGAUGCUAUUGGCUUCAUUGCAGGGAUGCUGUGCUUCUGGGCGUAUCGGGUCUCAGAGAGGACGCAGAAGUGGUGGGACGCGGCGUGUGGCUUCAUGUAUAACUGUAACGUGGGAGUCUUUUCGAGAUCUACUUGCUUGAGACUCACUAAAUCAUCUGAGUUCCGCGUCAAGCCUUUAAUACUUGCAGAAUGCCUCCAAGGAUCACGAAAAUCAAGCAGAGGGUUCAGUGAGCUACUCCUUCACCGAAGGAUGGUCUGCUAUUGGGGCUUGACCGAGACAAGUGGACACCGAGGUCGGAAGAAGUGGGCGAUCUACGCAGGGUGGUGCUGCCUUUGCCUCUGCAAGUCUGCAAGGAAUCGGAUGAGGCUUUUUCUCGGACCCUGGCCGAAGAGAUGCAUCGUGAACAGCCUUGCUGUUCACCGCAAGAUCUAG